AUCCAAGGGCGGGCUCGGGCCGGGCCGCACUAAAAUUAGAACGGGCCGGGCGGGCCACCACUUUAGCUGGGCCGCGUUGGGCCGGGCUGGGCCAUAAAAAUGAGGCCCGUUUCGAGCCCUGCUAGUUACUAUAAAAAUUUGAAAUCUUUUCUUCUUUGUAUUGCUUCUGGAUUAUGAACAAAAAAAGUGAAAAAUGACUGAUUUUUGGCGUCAUCUACUUAUUAAAAUGAGGUCCCCUGUCUCAAAAUUUAAAUUGAAUGAGAAUAAUUUUUAACGACUAAAAUUUAAUUGCGCAAUAAAAUAAUAUGGAGGAGCAAUGAUCAAGUUUAGCGGUAAUAAAAUUGACUUAGCAAUAAUUAUAUUGACUUAGCAAUAACUAUAAUAAUUGAGCAAUAAUUAAACAAACUAAACAAUAAUUUAUUAAAACUAAAGGUAAAUGUUACAUAGGAUGGGUAAUAUGGCCUGAUUCUUUGUCUUUCUUUUGUUCUACUAUAUCGUACAGAUAACAGGGAAAAGACGAUAUGUGAAGGAAGGGAAAAAACCAUAUGUGUACAUACGUGAAGAGAACAGAAAGAGAAGAUAUAUGUGAAAUGAAGAGGAUGAUUUCAAUUAACCUCUAACAUGUACAUAUAAUCUUUAUUUUCUUCCAUCUCUUGGUUUUUUCCAACCGCUCUCAUCUCUUUAUGUGUUUCCGAGAUUUUUCCCUCGCGUUUCAUGUUAAUUUCCAAAUCAUUUUGGAUUUUUCUCUCUCAUUUAUUCACUAUAUAUAUUGCCACCAUUGAUAAAAUAAAAGAGAAAGGGGAUAGUCAAAAAUGAAGGAUGUUUCUCCAUGCUGGAAAUGAUAUAAAACGAAAGUACUCGACGAAUAAAUCACUGAUUCAAUGUCCAUUUGUCAAGAUCUUGUCCCUUUUUUUCGGGUGUUGUCUAAAGUGGCAAAUACCUAGGUCUCUAUCUGACUGGUGGAGUCAGUAUCCCAAAACACUAGAGAAAAAGGGACAAGAUCUUGACAAACGGACAUUGAAUCAGUGAUUUACUCGUCGAGUACUUUCGUUUUGUAUCAUUUCCAGCGUGUGGGAAAAUCCUUCAUUUUUGACCACCUCCUUUAUGUUUUAUUAGUGAGAUCGGUUUGUCCGUUAACAAAUAUACAAAACCAUAUGGGACUUGUAGGUUUAAUUUAUUUGACACAUACAAGUCUGUUUACUUCAAAAUAUGGUGUGUAUGUUUGUCGAACAAUGUUGCAGAGUGGAGAAAAGGAACUUGCACUUGCCUAUCAUUCCUGAAAAAUUACUUCUGUAAGCAUAUCAUUGGGCUGUCUAUAAGACUGAAAUAUUGCAAAGCUCCACCAGAGGCAAAAAAUGUAGCAAUUGGUGCAAAAAGAAAGCGAGGCAGACCGUCUAAAGCUAAAAAAGCUUUGGUCAAACAGUAAUUUUUUUAUUAUUAAAAUAUAAAUUUUUUUCCUGCUAAUAUGUAAAUUUAUUCUUGCUCAAAUAUAUAUUUAUUACUGCAGUUUAAUGAAUUAAUUAUUAUUCAUUUCGUAAUAUAAAAUUGCUCAAAAAUAUUUUUUUAUUGCUCAAGAAUUAUUGCUAAUUCGUAUUUUUAAUUAUUGCUCACUUCAAUUUUUAAAUUGCUCAAAUAAAUACUAGCCAUUUUUAACAACUAGUGUGUAGCUAAGACUUUUCUGUUUCUGACCGUAUAAAUUGAUCACAUUUUCAAUUUCAAUUUGUUGAUCAAAUCUGCUUCCAAAAACUACGUAAGCACACACUAUGACUAUUGUAUGUUCUGAGAGAUUAAAACGAUAGAUAUUUAGAUAAAAUAUCAUUCAGUUUUACCCACAUUGUACCUUUCUUGUCUUCAAUGAACUCAUCUCAAACUAAGAGACGUUCUCAAACACUUGCUGAGUAUUCGCUUAUUUCGAAUGCUUAAGAGCGAUUUAUCCUUCUGUCUAACAAAAUUCAACGAUAGAUUUAAAGAAAAAUCAUAUUUAUUUUUUUCUAUAGAAUCGUAUGCAGAUCUUAAUCAGACAAGUGUGUCUAUGUCAUUAAGAAUACCGUUCGAAAUAGGACAACGUAAAGUGACUGUUAUUCAAUUUCAAAAUGUGACAAGACUUAAUUUGGGCUUUUGUUAUAGUCGUAUGAUUGGUAAGUGUUAAUUUAUUUCUUUUUCUUUUAAAUUAAGUAAGGGUACAGUCUAAUUUUAAUCUAGUAUAUAAAUAUCAAGGACUAGCGGUAGUACCCGGCGUUGCUCGGGAAAUCAACACACUGAAAACUUAACAUGUCAGAAAACGACAGAAGAUGUAGAGAGGGUGUACUUGAGAGCUUUCCAUCUAUUACCACUACAUGUCCCGCCGUGCAGACCUUUACAUCCAUGCUUAAAUACGAUAAUUCAACAAAUAGUGUGUGUAUAAGUGUCUUUCUCUUCACUCAUGUCCAUUGCCAUACCUCACAACAACAUUCAGUGCAAAAAAAAGUAACAGUAAGAGGUGGAUAUUCUAACAAUCGUAGCAAAUUCUCUGAAACUUUUGAAAGACUGGUGAAAAUUGAAGUAUAUCAUAGCCUGUGGGGAAUUUCACCCAAACUCCUCUUCCCACCAUUGUUGCUGGCACCGGCCUUGUCUCAGCCUUUCUCUGGACCAAGGGGUAUGCCAUGGGAACUUUGGUGACGCUAGCUAUUACAGGGACAAAAUGUACAGGGUUGCCAAAAAUGUUUUGCUCGCGGGUUACAGUUCCAACGACGAAUGAUAUCAACAUUGAAUUUUAUACCAAAUGAAAGCCUAUCAAAAAUGGGGUUUAUCCAUACGAAUUAAUAAGGGCUAUAAAGACUUUUCUCUAUCGAACUUUGAUAAUUUCUAGAAAUGCAUGAAUCACAGUCAUAACAAAACUUUCUUUUAUCAUAGAGAACUCAGGGAAUGAUAUUUCUAUAAUAAUCGACAACUAUCGUUGAGAUAUCGACGAAAAGCAUGAAGUUCUAUGGCAAGUUGCAGAAAUUAGCUGUUUUUUUACUCAAAACUCUGGCUUAAACGAUGAUUUUUGCUAGAAAAUUUUUAAAUAUUAAAACUUUUCGCUGCACAUAGAAGUAACCGUAUGGGCCGCCUCGCCUUGAAAAUAACUAUGAUCUUUCUGUUUUAUGGAAUACUUUACUACUUCCUGUCUCCUGAGCAACUUUUUUUGCGAGCAGUUGUCAUUAGCGCGGCCAUCUUCGGCGGGAAAAUUGCUGAGAUUUAUUGCAACACUUUUUGCUUUCGCGAACAAUAAGGAAAAGAAGCUUUUCAGGUGUCUGACAUGAGAAAAGUUUUUGGUUCACGAAAAAUAACAGCUGCAUGACCUCAGUUAACUUAGAAAAACUUCUAACUUUAGUCCAAUUUUCCCUCGAAAUAGCCUAGUUGAGAACAAUCAUCGCCAGCGUGACCGCCUUCAGCAGUAGAAGUAUGACGAAUUUUGUAAGAAGGUUGCAAAAAAUUUUCGCUCUGCGAGAAAUUGUUGCAUUUCAGGUUGCACGAGAAAAAUUAUCAUUAGGUCUGACACGAAAAGAUUUUCUUUCUCCCAAUUUGCCUAUCUCAGGACUCUUACAUCCCCCGUCGCAAUCCUGGGACUUUCGCGCGGGCCCUGCCUGCAUGUUUACCUUGAAAAGUAUGGUUUUUUGAAAACAAUUAUUUUGAGGGAGCCUUUAAUGCAUAUAUAAAAGAAAUUCCUUUUUAAAUCUUUCAAAGGUAAAGAGUUCUUCAAACCAAAAUAUUGCAUCAAUCAUAAUAUUGGAUAUCUAUAUCAAUCGUCGUGAAGUAUUAAAGAAAGAAUGACCUUUAGAUGUGAACAGCACUAUAAUAAACAAAUUCUCGAAUAAAUCAUACUAAUCAAAACAAAGAAAAACAGAAAAAAAAAAUUGAUAUUCAUUGAUUGAAUAAUAAAAUAACAUGAAUUUAAGAUUUAAUUAGAUUUUUUUUAAUUAAAAAAUAAAAUUAUUUUUUCAGGAAGUUGUAAGACAUCAAUCAAUCUGAAUAAAGCACGUGCAAAAGUAUUUGCUCAUCUUAUUUCAAUGCCUGUUCAACUUAAAUAUCUUCUAGUUGAAAAUAUUGAAUGGAUUUUUCAUAUUGUUCAAUAUGCAUCAAAUGAUUUAAAAGAAAAAGCACUGAGUACUGUUCAAUGUGCUGAAUUUGGUAUUCCCAGUUGUCAUUAUGGUUCCAAUGAAUCGAUUCAUAUUGGUAAAAAUCUUGUACCUUUUCUCAGUACUUAUAUGCCUCAUUUACAAAUAUUACGUCUUUGGCGACCAGAUGAUUUUCCUUGGACAUCUAUUCGACCCAAUAUUAUACCAGGAUACUUUCAUUAUAUUGGUGUUUCACAAUGGGUAGAAUCUUUAUCAACAUCUGAAUCGAUUGCUGAACAUGUAAAUGUUUUUGAAAAAGAUCUUUGUCAAUUAAUUGAAACAUUAAAACAACUUGUUUUUCUUGAUAUUCAUGGAAAAAUUGAUCGUGAAAAAGUUCAAGUAUAUUGUUCUAUGAUUAAAAAAUGUUUUUCUCAUAGCCAAGUGGAUGUUAAAUCAUCAAGAUUUCGUCUUUGGAUAUAA